AGGACUAAAUAUGAAAUAUACCUUCUUUAGCAACCUUGCCGCGUAAGGAAAAUUUGUACGUGUGUAAAGCAAACUCAUCAAUAUAUAUCUUCAAACACCUUCGUUAUAUUUUCUAUCUUCCAAUUCAGUUUCAACAUUUCUCGCUAUUCGUCUCGGGUUUUGUUUGUUGACUGAGAAAACAUGGGAGGUGACAAAGACAGAGGGUUUCAUGGGUAUCCACCUGCUGGAUACCCGGCCGGUACUGGGGGUUAUCCACCAGCUGGAUACCCACCACAUCAAGGUUAUCCUCCACCACCUGGUGCCUACCCUCCAGCUCAUGGUUAUGGAGGUUAUCCUCCUGCACCUGCUCAUGCUGGUUAUCCUGCUCAUCACUCAGGACACGCAGGAGGAAUCGGGGGUAUGAUUGCUGGUGCUGCAGCAGCCUAUGGAGCUCACCACAUAGCUCAUAGCUCUCACAGUCCUUACGGACACGCUGCAUAUGGUCACGGAUAUGGCCAUGGUCAUGGCUAUGGUUAUGGUCAUGGUCAUGGUAAGUUCAAGCAUCACGGAGGCAAGUUUAAACGUGGGCAUGGGAUGUUUGGAGGAGGUAAGUUCAAGAAGUGGAAGUGAUGUGAAAUUCCCCUUUGAUAUGUCUCUCUGGACUGACCAGAUGUUUAAAAUAAAUCACAAACAUAUAUAUAAGUUAACUUUCGUCGUCUAGAGAUCGCUGGUUCGAAUUGGAAUAACUCAAGACUUAAUAAAGAAUAUGGUACUAUAUGGAGGUGUCCUAUCAAGCUAUCGAUGGCUUAAUAAUGACAUAUUCUGUUUUUAAAUAUUUUUUAUAUUGUGUUCUUGCUUAUAUUGGUUUUGACUUUACUUAAGCUAUAGUAGAAGUCAUGAGUAUAGUCAGAUGACCUAUAUAAUAGUUGUUUAUGACUUCUUAAUCAGUAUGGGUGUAUUCAUAUGAAUUUCGAUACGUAGAUAAUUUGGGUGAUUUUAUACAGAAAAUCGUUAUAAUUUAUUACUAAUUCUUUGAAAGUAUAUUACUUAUGAAACCAAACCAUGAAAUUUGAUUUUUAAUGUACUUUUACUAGACGAUUAAACUCCUAGAAAUCAUUAAAAAUAAAACAAUGUCUAUGAAUUUUCAACAGUGAUGAAUUUGAUGCCACUUCUAAUUGCUAGUUCAAUCACUUUACACUUUAAAAGACAUUUAUAACUUGUAUUACCAGCAAUACCAAAUUUUGGGGAAAUUCUCAAAAUUUCUAGUUAAAUAUCGAAGAUUAGUUAUUUUAACAUAACAAUUUAAAAUAUGAGAAAUUGUCAAAAAUACAAUUUUCAUAUUACCACUUUUCAUGUUUAAACUAACCACUUUUACCACCAUUUUUAGUGAAGGGUUUAGAUUUGAAGGUUUAUGAUUUAGGAUUUAAAUUUGAUGUUUUAGGGUUUACGGUAUAUAGUUUAGGGUUUAGAGUUGAGAAUUUAGGGUUUAUAGUUGAGGUUUUAGGGUUUAUAGUUUAGGGUAUAAAGUUGAGGGUUUAGGGUUGAGAGUUGAGGAUUUAGGGUAUAGGGUUUAGAAUUGGGGGUUUAGGAUUUAGAGUUUGAGAUUAGAAUUUUAAAAAGCAUAUAAAAACAUGGAUAUAAUAGAGAAAUUGCCAAAAAUACAAUUUCCAUAGUACCACUUUUCAUGUUUACACUAACCACUUUUACCACCAUUUUUAAUAAAUGAUUUUAGAUUUGAAGGUUUAGGAUUUAGAGUUUAGAUUUGAUGUUUUAGGGUUUAUGAUAUAUAGUUUAGGGUUUAGAGUUGAAGAUUUAGGGUUUAUAGUUGAGGUUUUAGGGUUUAGGGUUUAUGGUAUUGAAUUUAGGGCAUAAAAUUUAGGGUUUAGAGUUUAGAGUUGAAGAUUUAGGGUUUAGAGUUGAGGAUUUAGGGUUUAGGGUUUAGAAUUGGGGUUUUAGGAUUUAGAGUUUAGGGUUAGAAUUUUGAAAAGCAUAUUAAAACGAAGAUAUAAGAAUUUUUAAUCUUUUAGUAAAUAAGGUAUUUUUGAAAAUAUGUCAUUAUUGGUGGUAAAAGUGAAUAAUGGUGGUAUUUUUGAAAAUUUCCCAUAAUAAUUUUUAUUUUUAACAUUUUAAUAAAUAAGAUAUUUUUGAAAAUGUGUCUUUAAUAGUGAUAAAGAUGAAUAGUGGUACUUUCAAAAUAGUAUUUUUGAAAAUUCUCCUUAAAAUAUUUGAUUGAAGAAGGAUGAAUAACUACUGGUUUUAUGCACUGCACUAUACAAAAAUGCUGUUUUGGGGGGGGGGGGGGAGGCGUGGUGGUUAAGUUCACGAUGUCAUUUUUGUUUCGGAUCACAACAACAGAUUCAAGCAUAUGGUUUUUUUCCCCUCAAAGAUCGUUCACUCAUUAUGCAACUGGAAUACAAUACAUUAGUAGAUAAGUUAGACAAUUUAGUUCAAAGAUAAAAGUCGAUUUUGUAGAAAGGUUUUAGAAUUGAUCUUCAGUUCUUCUGCCACUAAAAAAACAAGAAUAGGGUGAAAAUAAUCUAUCAUGAAAAGAAGAAAUUGUAUAGUUAGCUCUUCUUGAAGGAGGAUGUUAACGUACGAAUUAUAGCACAAACGUAAAAUAUAGAGUAUAUUAGAGAAUAUUUUUACAAAUAUGUGUUAUAUACUAAUAUUUUUUUUUUGCUAAACAAAUUUUUUUUUAAUAGAAAAUACAAUAUACUAAUAUUUUUAUAAAGCGAAAUUAUAAGUUUCUUUUUAUACAAAAUCCCAACAAUAUCAAGAUCCUUCUUGAUUUGUUGUCCCUAGCUUCACAUGUUUUAGGAUCGAAUACAAGAUCUUUAGAACCACUCUUCUUAACCUUUAAUGUUAUUUACUCGCUUACAAGCUUAAUGAACUUCACUCUUAUGCCCUUUAGGUUGAUCACUACUAUUUAUCCCUGUUCUAAAACGCGCCGCCUAGGACCGUAAAGUCGCCGGAAAAAACGUUAUCCGGCCACCAACCGUGGCGAAUUGAAGAAAUCCGGUGAAAAAAUCGGAUCUCUAAAAAAAUGUUAACUUAUUACUCUUUUCGGGCUAUGAAUCCAUAAAUAUACAUAAGAUCUAUAAAGCUUGCAUGAAAACAGAAAAAAAAACGAAGAAAUUCGAUCUAUAACUCAUCAAAAUGGAAGAGCCGUCGAGUUGGUAGUUGCAGAAAACCUAAAAUGUAAAGAGGAAGAUGACAUGUAAAUGUCGGAAUUACCCUUCAUUUAAGUUGAACAUUAAAAAUUAAUACAAUUUUGCCUCUUACCCGCCUCGAACCCGGGUUGUACUCAUAGCAAAAGGCGUCGCAACCACCACACCAUGUAGACUUCGUUGUAUGUCAUCACAAAUAUAUAAUAUAUAACCAAAAUAACUCGCCGAUUAGUUUCCGCAAAAUCCCCGAUUUUUUCAUUAGGCGCUAGGCAGUACCCGAACGUACGCGUAACGUCUAGCGAAUUUCCGAACAGGGCUAUUUAUAUAGCUUGGCACGUGCUCACAGCCUCACCCUGAUUCUUUGUAGUUUCCUCACACCUCUUUCAUGACUCAACAGGCCAUGUGCCUUUGUUCCCUCUCUUGCCACCUCCUCAUUCCACAUCAGCAUUCUUCUUCUAGAAGAGCUUGCCCACCCAAUAUCAACUCCGCACUCAACUCUCUUCAGCCUUUUAUCCUCGUUCAUGGGCCAACGCCUUGAUAAACCCACAGCAGUAGCAUCACUCCAGUGUCGUAUGUAAGCAAGCAUACGUUACAAUACCGCGCCGUUGGAAAUCGACUUUAUCCUCCAAAAAAAAAUACGAAGAAGUAGAUGUUUAUUUUAGGUGCAUUAAAGGUUGAAAUUAGUUGUUUAUAGUGGUUAAUGUAUCGAUGAUAAUAGCAAUGUUGUAAAUAAAAAGGAAGAUAAAAAUGAUUGAAUAAAACAAGCAUUUUCGGUAAAAAAUAAUGAUAUUUUGUAAAUAAUCUGAAUUUUUGGGGGUGAAUACAACAAAUAUAAGUUCAAAAAAAUUAUGGGUUAGUUUUGCAUUUGACUUUUGUUUUUAGUCUGAACUUCUAUGAUGAAUAGAGCAGAUAAAAUUUCAAAAAAUCAUUAUUUAGUUUUGCAUUUGAACUUCUGAUUGGUGUAUUGAUGAUAAUGUCAAUAUUUUAAAUAAAAGAAGAAUAUGAAGAUGAUUGAGUAAAACAAGCAUUUCGAAAAAAAAUAAUGAUAUUUUCGUAAAUAAUCUGAACUUCUGGAUGAAUAGAACAAAUAAAAAUUUUAAAAAAUCAUGGAUUAGUUUUGCAUUUGAGUUUUUGUUUUUAGUCAUUUUAGCAAAACCUCAAAAAUAAAAUUAUCACUAUAUGUUAAACUUUUAUAUCUACAACCCUAUAUUAGUUUUUUGAAACUAAAAACAAUAUAUUAUCUGAAAAUUCAAGUAUUUGUUUUAUAAAGUAAUGAAUUACUUUAGUAACAAAUAAUUCAAUUAGUCAUACAAUCUUCCUGACUCAAAAGUAGUUAUGUAAUUUUUCAAAUUUCCCUUGAAAAAUAUAUGAUUUUGAAAAUAAAUAUUUCCAACUUAAAAUGAUAACAUUUCAAAUUUUAUAAAAGAUAAAAUAAUAGAAUACAAAGUAAGAAAAAUAAAUCAUUAAAAAAAUAAAAGUAAUAUAAUAUUUUAACAUCUUAAUUUUAUAAAAUAACUUGAAAAAUUAUUCGCUACUCAAUCCAUUCGAUCCUAAGGUUUGUUUCAUCCUUGAUAUAUUCACCAACCCAAAGUUGUGAAACUUUUCUUUCUCAAAUUGCUACUAGUGUUCAUUUUAUAGACCUUUUUGUUCUCUUCAUCCUUAUUUCAUGCAUUUGGUAACCGUUUCCGAAGGCAACUUCAGCCACAAUCAGGCCAUGGUGCAUAUCUCGCUGCACAAACCAACUACAGCGGCGGCUAUUGUAACAAUAACAACCGCAGCUACUACCCAAACUUGGACUACGGUUACUGUGGUGGCAGAGGCCAAAGAAGAAACACACAUUUCUGAUCCGAAGUUCUGUCUUCCUAAAAAUGGCUUUGUUGGUCACUCGUACUUCUAGCACUCUGUUUCGGAGUUCAGUUAUUUCGGGUAAAGAACAUCUUUAUGGUAACCAAUAUCUCAAGAUUUGUAGGCAUUAUCAGAUUGGCAAGUUCGAAGUUCCUUGCUUAAGCCUCAGGAGAGAAUGUUGGUUCUCCAUGUAGAGAAACACAAAAGUAACAUGAACCUUUUGGUAUAUGCAAACCAUUAAAUAUAGAUAAAUACUUCAUAUGCUUUGUUAUUUAAUAUUCUAAUGUACAUAUAAACAUAAAGCAAAUUUAUAACACUUACAAGUUAAGAAUUUCUCUUUUUAUAUAUAACGAAAAAAGCACAUUAGGCACUAUAUUAGAAGAUUCCUUAAAUUCUAUGAUGACUACAAGCUUUAUACAAUUAUGUAAGUUACUUGCAUAACCCAUCUUCGCCUUUACACCAAGGGAAAGAAAGAUACCAAGGCUUUCCCCACCAAUUAGUGUUAAGUUCCUAUAUCCUCUUUCAUAUCUCUUACCAAAAAGCCAAGAACUUGGUCCCAGCCUUGAUGCUCUCUGAUUAAAUCCUUAACCAGAAACCCCAGUCCGAGAGCCACAUAUAAUAAUGCCCAGAUUGUCAUCUACCCAUGCUACAAGCCCUUUCAUUUGGUGUGCAGGCAUCAUAUGUGCCAUCAUCUCUAUUGCUGUGAUAAUUGGUGGCAUUGUAAUCUUCGUUGGUUACAUGGUCAUUCACCCGCGAGUUCCCAUCAUUAGUGUUGAGUAUGCUCACCUCGACCUCUUAAAGUAUGAUAUAGUUGGAGUCUUGCAGACGCAGUUAACGAUUGUGAUCCGUGCAGAGAACGAUAAUGCUAGGGCUCCUGCGUUGUUUGAUGAAACCAAUUUUAAGCUAAGCUAUGAAGGUAAAAUAAUUGCGUAUUUAAAACAGCACGAGUUUGAAGUUGCUAAAGAGAAAUCAGUAUCUUCUCAUUACGUGGUCCAGUCAUCCCCAAUUCCAUUGAGUCAAUCAAUGAUGGAAGCCAUAGACUACGCGGUUAAACAAGAUGUGAUUGUUUUCGAACUCAAAGGUGGGUCAAAGGCUCGAUGGCGAGUCGGGCCAGUAGGAUCGGUCAAGUUCGAAUGUAACCUUAGCUGUGAGCUUAGGUUUAGACCGUCCGAUCACAAUCACCUCCCAUCUCAUUGCACUUCUUCUCAUAAGCAUUAGGGACUCUUUGUCUCAUUUGAUUUUUCUUUUUAAAUUUAGGUAAUUAGUUUUUACAAAUAAUAUAUGGGGCCGGUUUUUUUGUUUUCUAAAAAUAAAUGUAAUAGUUGUUUCAUAAUAUUACUAAAUGAACAUUCUUGCCCCAUCUUCCAAAAAUGUAGAACAUAAAAGAAAAAUCAUGAUAUUCUAGUUUUCUUGUCACGAAGGAAGCUUAUUUUUCAUCCUACAACACAAAGUGACUUUAUCGAAACUUUAUAUUCUUUUAGCCGUGGAAAGCAUAACCACUUGCGUCACGGCACCUCACCUACUAACCACUUUUGGGGGGGACGUAAAUUGUACUAUGUAUUUUACAUGAAAUUAGGAGUUUUUAUUGUAUCCUGGACUUUAGAAAACGCUGGACUUGACGAAGUUUUGGACCUGGACCAGAGCCAGAUGCUAAGGUUUGGCAUGAUCACCGUAAGACUGCGUUGGUCAUUUACCCAAAAAAAGAGUUGUUUUUGGUGGAAAUAACCUGAAGUAAUUUCUUUGAAUAUGCAUAUUUUGUCAUGAUUAACUUUUUCACAGGAUUUUUUUAACUUAACGUAAUAUAGGAGGAUAAUACAAAGAAAAAAAAAGAUUCAAACCUAAAUAAACCAAUAAACAUAGUUCAAACACCCGUUCCACGUGAGUAACGUGAGGGUCGCGUAAUAAUAGUACUUACUUUUUCUUUUCACUCAAAUCAAAUCUAGUUAAGAUCUCGGGAAAACACGACUGUGCGAAAGAAGAGAAGACUUUUCCAAGAAGACACGCGUCUAUACAUGAAUGGUCUGUUAUUCCCAUUAAAUACACAACAAAGGAGGCUAAUGUAUCCACGAUAUUUAGAUAGAGAGAUCAAAUAUUUUCCAGAUAUGGUAACUGUUCUCUCUCUCUCUUUCUUCUUUCUAACUUUUCCAUUGAGAGAGGGAAGAGAACGUCCGAGGAGGAUGACCAAAUAUGUUACGGCGGCCUCUGAUUCGCUUGGUGCAGGUCGGGAACUGAUUGGCUGACACAGCCACGUGGCUUUUCAUGGUUGGCUUGUGAGCAGGGAUCGGAUCCCGCCUUGUAUCAAGUGAAUCCGAGUCCGACGUGAAAGAUAAAGUCUUAAAGACUUUCAGAUCUCAUCAAAUAUCCUCCUCUAUCGUGCUUUAUUCUUCUUUUUUUUCAAUCUUUCAAUUAGUUUCGAAGCGUGAGGAUUAAUGGCUAUGUUCUUGAUAUUUCAGGAUCUAAGGGUUUCUUAGCUAUAGAUCUUGUAUUUGAAUUCUUCAUAGGUCAUUGAGUUAGAUUUUUGUGAUACCCACUCGAUUUAUAGAUGUGUUGAUUCUGAAUCUUGAAGCUUUAUGGUUAGGUUAAUGGGGGGUGUGUUGAGAAAUUUCAGGGUUUAUGCUGCUUCUAUAUUGGUGAUGAUGGGAUUUAGUGUUACAGGUUAGUUCCUUCUAUUGAAUCUCUGAGUUUACAUUUGGUCAUCUGAAUUUAAUUUUCAGGUUUUUGUUUUGUUCAGAAACCAUCGAAAUUGAAUCUCGUUGGGUAAGAUUCAGGUUCAUGAUGGUGUAGAGUUUUUUUUUAUGUUUCCAAAUAGGAUUCUUUAGUAAGUUUUGAAGGAUUUUCUAAUAGAAACUGAAGCUGAUUUCCAUUUUAUCAGGUUUAUUCGAAUAAUAUUUAAUGGUUUCCUUUUUGGAUAUUGUUUUUGUGUCAUUUUUGUUUGGUGUAAAUAAUAUAGAAACAAAAUAAUGGACAGAAGCA